UCAUACAAACAAACGUCAUUACUCGCUUAGCCAUGAGUGAAAGAUGUCAAACGAAGCUUUCAGAGAAAUUUGAUAAUAAAAAUUAUAUUAUUUAUUUCGGUAUUCUAUGUACGUCGAUCGCAAUUUUAUAUUUUUACAGAUUUCACUUUGCCACAAUAGCAUUUAGCUAUGUGUUGGGAUGUCUGGCUUGUUAUUACAUGCUCAAUUCGAGUAUUUUACACGAUUAUAUUGAAAAAUUAAAGUGCCAUUUCGUCGGUGAGACGAGCAAAGAUGAGGGAAAAGCGCCUGUCAAAGGUUGCGAGACUUGUGGGUCGAAGGACUGUGAAAGACAUGACUCCAGUGUGGCCGCAGACCCCUGGAUAGGGUUACAAAUACACAAACAGUUGGAUCAGGCUAUAGAGGAUUUCUACAACACAAUACUGGACCAGUUCAUAAACUCAUGGUACAGCAAGGUGACACUGCAGCCGUUCUUCGUGGACGAGCUGCGGUACCAGCUCAGAUAUGCGUCCGCUUGUUUACUGCAGAGAGCUAUUAAGAUAGACUACGCCAAAUUCAUAACGUCCCGGUUAAUACCGUGUGCGUUACGUCACUACUCAGUAUGUGCGUCACGUCCGGGGGUGGCGCUAGAUUCCAAGAUGGCGCUACAUCCGGCCGCCGCCAAUAGGAACGCAGAAUUAAAGUAUUUAAGAUGUAUCACGAACGCCAUAAUGCCGUAUUUAUUGAAGAAUAAUGAGUUGCAAAAUUCUGUAUUUCGUGUGUUAAUAAGAGAGAUAUUCGCUGGUUGGGUGCUAUUGUCUCUGACUGACGUAUUGGCCGAGCCUUACAUACUGAAUACUCUCAUUAUACUGGCCACGGGUGAUGAAAAAAUGGCACAGUUGCCUUCUACGCCUAAUUAUAAGGUAGAAUUCCUAGAAACGUUCGUCCGUCAGACGGAGUCGAUGUACAGCCGGCGCUGCAAACUGCUGAGGCUGGAGCUGGACCUCGUGAUCAGUGACCAGGAACUGUUGUACGCCUUCAUGCAGUACAUGAAGACCACCAGCCAUCUGCAUCUGUUACAGUUCUAUAACGAUAUCAAAUCAUUCCAAACAAAAAUCCUGAACCCCGAGCUAAGCGCGUCGGAGGAGGAGUCCCUGCAGCGCGCGGCGCGUGCGAUGUACUGCGCCUACCUGGCGGACGGCCCGCCACUACUGGCGCCACAUCUACACCACGACCUGCGGGACUUGCUGCAGCAUCAUAAUACUAUCAACGAAUUCCAAACCAGUCGAGCCCUGUAUCAGGCGGCGCGACAAUCACAUUCUGAAUUAGAAAAAAUAUGGCUGCCUAAGUUUCUACAUAGUGAAGAGUUUUACAAAUUACUUAUCGGAAGCAGGUUACCUACAGGAUAUCAGAAGCAAAUGGUAAAAAAACCUCAUGAUAGACUUCUCAACCAAGCUUUAAAGUUGGGGCAUCGUUUAAAGGGAGCUCUAAAACCUCAGACAGUAGAUGGACAAGUUUUAGACUGUUACACCAACUGUGAGGAGUCGGAGGGAGAUGGAGUGGACAAUAUGGAUAUAUUGAAGUAUCUAGACAAUCUGGCCGUUGAGGAGUCGUUGAGGGGACACGAUCUAAGCACUUACAAGGUCGUGUUGACGAAUGUUGAGACUAAGUUGCAAGUCCCACCCCGGCGUGGCGUGGUCCGUGUGUUCACACUGACGGUGCACCGCGCGGGCGGAGGCGCCGCGCCCGCCGAGCUGUGGGCACUCGACCGCUCCGAGCACGACUUCCAUCUACUGCGGAGCAAGCUGCACGAGUUCCACGGGGACGCCUUGCUGCACGACCUGUCUCUGCCCUCGCGCAGAGACAACAGUCCUUUGGAAACGCUGAGGUACAAAUAUGAGGACUUCCUCCAAAGACUACUGCAGAAAAGUUUGCUCCAGACUAGCGAACUGCUUCGAAUAUUCCUCACAGAAGAUGGUGACUUCUCCAUAGUGGUCCAAGCGUCGACCCUGAACGCUACUAGCACGGAUUUAGGCAAUAUUUACCAAAGCGUCGCGCUAAGGCUACGGAAGGAGAAGGGACAACAUCUAGAGAGCUUUCUCAGGAAUUUGUUGGUGUCUUCUGAUAUUGAGCGGUAUCAGGCCUUGAAGCAAGGAACAGCUCGUGACGUGGAAGAAGCUCAGGAAAUGAGCGAGGACGUCCCCGUCGAGGUGCAGUACAAACGACAACGUCACGCGCGCAACAUUCACACGUCCGUGUUCCAAAACAACUUUGACGUGGAACCCACGAUCAGUAAUGUUGAUACGGAGUACCAGAACUACGUUGUUGGGUUCACACAGUGUCUUAUGUAUUUGUUAAUAAAAGUGCUUCGAGUGAGUAGCGUGAUCACCCGCGUGGUGGGUGCGCUGGCGUCGCUGGCGCGUCCGGCGGCCGACCGCGCCGCGGACUGUCUGCUCCGCGCCACGCUCGACAACUUGCUCAGCCAGAGGAGGCUCGCGCAUCUUAUUAGGUUAGGUCAUGGUCUAUUAUUCGGUAAGCGCGCGUCCGUCCCCCGCGCGGACGCGAGCGUCCAGCGCGGGCAGGCGCGCGGCCAGCUACAGCGCGCCCUGCCGCGCGCCACGCUGGCGCCGCGCGCGCGGGCCGCCAUACUCAACGCGUUCGACAUCAUACAGGUGCCACACCUCAAUAAACAGCUGGUUUACAACUUACUGGAUUUGUGCAUCAUCGAGUUAUUCCCUGAACUCGGCGCCACAGACAAGAAUCCAUCCAAAGUACCAAAGAGUUGAGGAUGUAUAUUUCCAUGCAAGACGUAAUUUAUUUUAUAAAUAAAACACAACUAGGUAUUUUUUAUUUUUGUAAAUCUCCAAAAUACGCACGGUUGUCAGAUGUUAAUGAGGUUUAUUUAAUUUAUACGCAAGUUAUUGUGUAACUUUAUUGUAAAUAUUUGUAUUGUAUAAUAAUGAAUCUAUUUUUAUAAUAUUAGUUAUUGAAGCAAUAUUCGUUCACUUGACCCUUCGAGGUUGUAAUCGAAAGACCACAGAGUAUUUUUAAAUGUUUGCAGUGUAGACAAACACGAGAAAUAAAUUAUUUUGAUAAU